AUGGUCAAGUGCACUCCUCUUCUCGCGCUCACAGUCAUCGCGUCUGCUGGCAGUGACGCUCUUCCGGACCCAACAGUCGAAAGACUGGCGAAGCUGGUGGAGAUAAAUCAGCCCCCAACCACUCAGUCGAUUUCGGACAGUAGACGUGUGCUUCGAGUGUCUGUCGUCCCCGAUGAAGUCGCUGCCGGUGAGGCAAGGGCGUCACGGCGGUCAUGGGAAGGAAAUGACCAGCUAGGCUCUUUAAAGGAGAAGCUCAUUUCCACGUCGGUCGAUGACCUCGAGGCUGGAACAUCAGAAAAUGCUCUCGCAAAGGCGUGGCACUGGCUAACCAAACAGCAGCCAAGCCAUAUCGAAACCAAGAAGACGCCAGCAGAUGAGAUUUUGGAGGGGGCAGAGACUACUAUGGACCCAACAGUAAUCCGUGCGACUCAUGACAAACUUGACGAGGCGGGUGUUUCAGUAUCUGAAUACGUCAAAGCCCUGAACAAAUUAGAUCUUCCGGGUGUAGAUGUGUUGAACAGAGGCUUUGAUUACAAGCAGUAUCUGGAAAAGAAAUAA